AUGUUUUUGGUGACAAUAUUGUUAUUAUCAGCUGGGCGUGAGCUUGAAAGAGAUUUGGGCUUGCAACUGGUUGGUGAUUUGGGGUUUUCGAAGAGAUAUGUCCGUUGCUUGCAGAUUGCAGACAUAUUCAACUCCAUGAAAGACUUAAUGACUUUCAGCUGGGAUAAUCAAAUUGGACCAAUUGAGAGCUUGAAGAAAUAUACCCAGCAAUUUUCAACAACCGAACUCCACAAAGAUGAAUUGCUAGAAAAAGAGCAGAUCGAGGUCCUUCAAGGUUUGCCAACUGAUCCAAAUAAGUUGUCUGCUUCUCAUGCUCUUGGUGGCAACAGCAAUGAUAACUCGAACAUGAGUAAGGGUGCUCUAUUGAAUAUCUCUGAUGUGUCAUGCCACUAUAUAUAUCCAUCACAAACUCGCAUCAACUCGAAAAUGGGUGAACUGGAGCAGACGUCACUUUUAUACAAAAGGUGUGGAAGAAAUGCAUCUUCCACACCAUCUCAAGGUCCCAAGACUUCGAGUGCAGAAUUCAUCCAGGAGUUUGAGUUUCCUGUUCUCCAUUCCUCUGGGGGUGGCCAGCAUAGACGGGAACAUAAAGUCCAAAAUUUGCUCGAGGAGAUCAUCAUUAGGGCUGAGAAUGAAGCAGUUAACGCUAAGAUAGGUAAUAUUAUAUCUGGCUUGCAAACAGGUGCCAAGGGCAAGAUGCUGCUACGGAUGGGAUGACUUAUGGUCACAACAUGUCGCUGCUCGAUCCUUCAGGAAAUGCGUCAAGUAUUAUUAUGGCAAAUACCUGUGUUCUUGACUCCUAAUACGGAUUCUUCCAAGGUUGGUGACAGUGCUGGUUUCAUCAACUUUUCCACGAAGGCACUAGUUUCCUGAGAUCCUGAAAGUGCUUCAAAUGGUAAUAAGAUUUUUUUAUGUUGUGGCAGCAUGGGCUAUGUGGUUGGGAUGGUUGUAAGUGUUUUUUUUUUUUUUGGUACUUCCUGUUCCAUCCUUCUCGGGGGUGAUUCAAUAUAAAAUACGUACGUAUAGUAGUUUCUUUCGCAAGUGCUUUUGAUAGUAGUUGCAGUUUCGUGAGCAAUUAACUUGAUUAGGAAGAUUAGAUGCUGUGAUGUCAACAUGAACUGUUAGCUACCCCGAAGUCUAAACCUUGCCCUGGAAAUGAAAUAUGGUACCAUACUGUUUUAAUCACAUCCCUGUCUGUUUGCCAUGUUAAGUUUUGUUCAGGUUUGUCAAGAUAAGCAUGGCACCAUGCAUGAAUUACAUGCCGCAGAAAGCCAACGCUGAAUUGCAACUGGCCUCAAUGUUUGUUUACGACCC